AUGGACAGUGCUGGUUGUGGAAAGGGUUAUAAUGAGAUAGCUCAAUACUUCAACUACAAGUUGAAGGAGGCCAUUGUUCAACUCAGGAAGGACCUUCCACUUGCUGCGAUCACAUAUGUAGAUAUCUACUCAGCCAAGUACUCUCUCUUUCUUGAACGCGAAAAAUACGGAUUUGAGCUUCCUCUUGUAACUUGUUGUGGCCUUGGGGGCGAGUAUAACUAUGACGAUGGCGACUGUGGAACAACCGGUCAAUGGCAGCCAAAUAUUCGUUGGUGCAUGUAA